AUGCCAAACCCACCUGAGGAGCUGUCGGAGGCAGAGAGUCCCCAGGGCCGCAGCCUUUGGAGGAUUGCUGGAGACCAGGACGAUGCUGAGCCCAAGGCAAAUGAUGAGUCUAUGGAGUCAUCCAUCAGGCAGCAGAUGUUGGGUGUCCAGUGGGAUGCGCUGGGGGAUCUGGCAGAGAUCCUUGAUGCCUGUGGCAGACCACCAGAAGUGAACAAUGCAAACGUUAUGAAUGGGAAAAAGGUGUAUGAACCUGGAGAAGAGGCAGUAUAUUCCUGCCUGCUCGGGUACAGGGGACAUGGUUUCAACAAGCUUGUCUGCCCAAAGGAUGGGGUUUGGAAUAGACCCAAAAUCAACUGUCUGCCAAGAUCUUGUCCUGUGCCAAAAUUGCUGGAAAAUGGAGAAAUGCAUGCAACAGAGUUCACCUUUAGGAAAAAUGUUUACUACAGUUGCAAUGAAGGAUACAUUCUUAAAGGCUUAAACAGCAGCACCUGUCUACAUGAUGGGACAUGGAGUGAUCAGCAACGAUCCUGUGAACCUGUGCAAUGUCCAUACCCAAUUCCACCAGAAAAUGGAAAAGUCCAUUUUCGUACCACAGGCCAGCCUAAUGCCAUUUCUGUCUUUGGGGACAUGAUUUCCUAUGAGUGCAAGGAACGCCUGGCUUUGAUUGGAAAUGAAACAGGCUUCUGCCUAGCCAAUGGAAAAUGGACAAAUGCGCCUCAAUGUAAAGAAGUGAAAUGUGGAAUACCACCAAAAGUGGUAAAUGGAUUUAUGGUAUUUGCAUUCAGACAAAGCUAUAACUAUGGGGACUAUGUUGAUUAUGGCUGUAUUGAAAAUUACAUUUUGGAUGGCUCAAGGAGAAUCUUGUGUGGGAAGACAGGAAACUGGACUGAUAAGCCCAUAUGCCGAGGUCCAUGCAUUAUACCUGUAAGUAGAGCUCGUAUAUUCUACAAUGGGAAGAAGCUCUGGAUAGGUGAUCUACCAAAGAAGAGAGUAUUGCAUAAAGAAAGAGUGGCUUUUUACUGCAAAGACAAAAAGCACAAUUGUGGAUACCCAGUUCUGACUCAGUGCAUAGAUGGUAAAAUUGAAACUCCUUCGUGCUUUGAUGGCGAGGAUUAUGAUUCCUUUGGGGAGUACAACCAGAGCCAUGAACACAGCACUAUGGGCUUUACCCGGGGAGGAGCAAGAUUGAGAAUCCAAUAA